GAGCUAUCCAGUCAACUAGGAUCUUCCGAACCAACCACCACCAUGGCCAAACUCUUCGUCGCGUUCUUCGCCCUCCUCGGGAUUUCCUCCCUGACACAAGCAGCCAUCACCAGCCAGGAGGUGAACCGAGUUCUCGUGGCAACCGGUUACCCCCAGAUCGACGCCACUGUGUCCACAAUCGUCACCAACGGCAUCAACGGGAUGACCACAGACCGUAACGAGGCCGCCAUGUUCCUGGCGCAGGUCAUCCACGAAAGUGGUGGUUUCAAGUAUCGGGAGGAGAUUGGGGGUGCCAGUCGGAACUACGCCCCGUACUAUGGACGUGGGUAUAUCCAGUUGACGUGGGACUACAACUAUCGGGCUGCUUCGCGGGAUAUCUUCGGUGAUGAGCGGUUGGUGCGCGAUCCGGGAAUGGUGUCACGUGAUUUGAACCUGUCGAUGCGGGUGUCCACGUGGUUCUGGGUGAAGAAUGUACGCCCUGCUGGUGGAGUCAGUCAGAACAACUUUGGACUUACGACUAAGGCUAUAAAUGGAGCGCUUGAGAGUGGAUCGAACAAUCCGGUGGCCAUUAGGAGUCAAUUCGGAUCUUCCGAACCAACAACCACCACCAUGGUCAAACUCUUCUUUGCGAUCUCAGCCCUGCUGGCAGUGUCCUGCCUGAGCCAGGUGGCAUCGGCCGUCACCAGUCAAGAGGUAAACCAAGUCCUCGCGGCUACCGGUUACCGACAAGUUGACGCCACCCUGGCCGGAGUCAUCGCCAACGGCAUCAACGGGAUGACUUCGGACCGUAACGAGGUGGCCAUGUUCCUGGCGCAGGUCAUCUACGAAAGUGCUGGAUUUCACUAUCGGGAGGAAAUUGGAGGGGCCAGCAAGAGUUACGCGCCGUACUAUGGACGUGGGUACAUUCAGUUGACUUGGAAGUACAACUAUCAGGCUGCUUCGCGGGAUAUCUUCAAUGAUGAUCGACUGGUUCGGGAUCCCGGAAUGGUGUCACGUGAUACUACCAUGUCGAUGAGAGCUUCCACGUGGUUCUGGGUUAAGAACGUUCGUCCGAAGGGUGGUGUUAGCAAAAACAACUUUGGACUAACGACCAGAGCUAUCUGGGGCAAUCCUGUCGGUGGUUCGAGCAAUCCAGUGUCCAUCAAGCGGUAUGACUUGUACAAGAAGGCCGCCAAGGUUUUGGGAGUUACAAAUGUUGGAAUUAACAGUUUCUAAGAAUGUUUACUUCUGAAAGUCAUACAAUAAAGCUUCUGCCACAGUAA